AUGUCGGCCAAGAGACUGAUCGUAUGCGGCGGCAACGGCUUUGUCGGGUCUAGGAUAUGCAAAUAUGCUGUGGCGCGCGGCCGCUCCGGCGAGCCGAAAUGGGGUGCCGUCGGCCCGUCGGCCACGCCUCCGCCGUGGGCCCGCAAGGUGUCCUGGGAGCGCGGCGACGUCCUGCGCCCGGCCAGCUAUGCGCCGCUGCUCAAGGGCGCCGACUUCGUCGUCCACAGCCUCGGCAUCCUGCUCGAGGCCGACUACAAGGGCGUCGUGAGCGGCGAGGUCUCCCCCGUCGCCGGCCUGCGCAGGCUGCUGGGCGCCGCGCCACCUGCCGCCGCCGCCGCCGCCGCCGACCGGCCCACCUACGAGAGCAUGAACCGCGACAGCGCCCUCGCCCUCGCCGCCGAGGCCGCCCGCGAGGACGUCUCCGCCUUCGCCUACAUCUCCGCCGCGAGCGGCGCCCCCGGGCUGCCCGCCCGGUACCUCAGCACGAAGCGCGAGGCCGAGAGCGUCAUCGCGAGCCGGUUCCCGCGCAUGCGCGGGCUCUUCCUCCGGCCCCCCUUCCUCUACGACAGCUCGCGCCCCGUCACCGUCGGCAUGGCCGCCGUCACGGGGCUCGGCGCCGCCUUCAACGGCUUCACCCGCGGCGUCUUCGGCGGCUUUAUGGGCGCCGCCGGCAUCAAGCCCCUCAAGGUCGACAUCGUCGCCGAGGCCGUCGUCGAGGGGCUCGGCGACGACGCCGUCAGCGGGCCCCUCGAACCCCCCGAGAUCGAGGAGCUGGCGAACAAGUACUGGAGGAAGAGCAUGCUCUGA